UUACGUGGAAAACAUGGCGGCGGACUACCAACAAGGAGACAGCUCUCAGUAAACGGGAGGGAGGACUGUAGAAGCGAGCUGGAAGCCAAACUUUAGACAUUUAACAGUCAGCGUUUAGGGAUUUACUUAGUAGUGUUUCGCAUGAAGCAGUUUGUCGUCUGUUUCAGCCACAGGGACAGCGGUGAUGGAAGACGAGGAGAGGCAAAAGAAGCUCGAGGCCGGUAAAGCAAAGUUGGCUGAGUACCGCCAAAGAAAGGCUCACGCCGACUCCCAGAAGAAACAGAAAAAGAAGAAGAAAAGGAAGUCACAGGACGACUCAGAGGGAGACUCACAGGGAAGGGUGGAAGUCGAGUCGGAUCAGCCUGUGGGAGGAGAGGAGGUCUCAGGCGGAGGACGAGAUGGAGCGCAAGAAGCAAAUAAAGACCCACCCACCACGGAGUUUACCUUUGCCAGGACACUACGGAGUGGAGAGACUGUCCAGCACGACCAGACCUACACCAUAGAGCCAGAGAGUGAAGUGUCCACAACUGCUGAAGAUUAUUCCUCAGAGGUUAAUGGGUGCCACGAGAUGACAGUGAACGUAAUGGUGUCUACGAAGGAUUUUAUCUGGGAGGAGAUGGAUCCUAUUCAACAGAUGACAAAGGGAGGUACAAUGCAGGAUAUGGAGGAUGCUCUGGCUGCAAAGACCCAAGCGGUGGAGGAGCUGAGCCGAGAGCUGGAGGAGAUCAGGUCUGCCUUCGGCACAGAAGGAGUGCAGCAGCUUCAGGACUUUGAGGCUGCUCUGAAACAACGUGACGGUAUCAUCACCCAACUCACCGCUAACCUUCAGCAGGCUCGUGAAGAGAAAGACGAGAUCAUGAAGGAGUUUUUAGAACUGACGGAGCAAAGCCAAAAACUGCACAUUCAGUUCCAGCAGCUGCAGGCAGGGGAGACACUGAGGAAUACCAGCCAUAGCAGCACAGCGGCUGAUCUUCUGCAGGCCAGACAGCAGAUCGUUCAGUACCAACAACAGCUGGAGGAAAUGAAUGCUGAGGUGAGAAAACACCAGGAGAAGAACAGCGAACAGCUUCAGCACAUGAGCCAAUUCCAGCACAAGCUCAAUGAGAUGGAAAUGUCAGAGAGAAGAUCAAAUGAAUCCUUUACACAAAGGAUAAAUGAAAAAGACCUGCUGAUUGCUGAACAAGAAAAAGUUAUCAGGAGUCAGGAACAGUCCCUGACAGAAUUAAGAACAGCAGAGGAGUCAUUUGCACAAACACUAAAAGAGAAAAAUCGCUUAAUUUCAGAGCAAACUGCAAUAAUCACAGAACAUGAGCGGUCAUUAACUCUGCUCCAAGAGGAACUUGCCCAAGUGGGAAGGACUACUGAUGAGAAUAUUAUGCACCAGUCAGAUGAAAAAGAUAGGAUAAUAGCAGAGCAAGACAUUGUCAUUUCAGAACGUGACUGCUCUCUUGCCAAGCUUGAGGAUGAGCUGGAAUCCUCAGAAAAACGGCUGCAUGACCUCAACCAGCAAAUUGCUGCAAAAGAAUCAGAGCUUGAAAGGUGCCUUGAUGAUUUGAAAAGCACUAACUCUGACCUAGAAACCUGUAGAAAUGAAAUGGAGGGUUUUAAAUUGGAAUUGGAGAAGGAACGAAAAGAGUUAGAAAGCUGUAAAAAUGAACUUGCAACUUCUAAACAAAAGGAGCGAAUGUCAUCUAAUGAAAUAAUGCAGCUCAUGGGCACUGUGGAGGACCUGCAGAAACGCUGUCACCAGGGCAGCCUUUCUGAGAGCGACACCAUCCAGAAAAUGCAGGAGGAGACUGAGAGAAAGCUUGAACUUCUCAGGGCUGAGCUGGAUGAGAUGUAUGGUCAGCAGAUUGUCCAGAUGAAGCAGGAGCUUAACUUGCAACAUGCAGCAAAGGUUGAGCAAAUAAAUCAGCAGCAUCAAGCUGAAAUUGAGCUUCUAAAAGCUCAGAGUUUCUCUACUAGUACUGUUGAAAUGGACGCUCUUAAUACUACUAUUAGCGAGCUUAAAGAGACAUUAGAGCAAUCCCAAAUAAUGCACAAGAAAACCACACAAGAACUAAACCAAGUCGCCCAAGAGAAGCGUAACCUGCAGGCGAAGGUUGAGGAUCUUCUUCAAGAUCUUCGUUCUGCUAAAGAACAAGUGGAGCUGGUCUCUCACAGUGUUAUCUCUCAGGAAAGCCAUCAAAGUGAAUUGCAGCACCUUCAGGACACUAUCGACAAUCUGAGGUGCGAGCUAGCUGCUGCUCAGGAAUCUGCACAAGAGGCAGAAACAAAACACGAGUCUGAAAUAACCAAUUACAAGAUCAAGUUGGAGAUGCUAGAGAGGGAGAAAGAUGCUGUGCUUGACCGCAUGGCAGAGUCGCAAGAAGCAGAGUUGGAGCGAUUGAGGACUCAGCUUCUGUUCAGUCAUGAAGAAGAACUAACCAAUCUAAGGGAAGAAUUGCAGAGGGAGAGCUUCCUAAACACAGAAAACCUUCUCAAUGAAGCUGCAAUCAAACAUGAGAGAACACUGGAUGAGCUGCGGAUCGGUUACAAAGAAGAGCUGCAUCUGUUACAGAGAGAAAUGGCAAGUUUCACCACAGAGCGAGAUGAGCUUUUGCACCAAAUUCUUGGACUUAAAGAAGAUUUGCAGCAUGCUCUGCACAGCUCCAAAGCAGAUGAGCUCAUCCAGCAGCUCCAGGAGCUUCAGGUAGAGAUCGAGGAACUAAGAAAAGGAGGAGAAGAACAAGCUAGAAUGAAGAAUGAAAAGGAAAAUCAGAUGAAGGAAAAAGAAACUUUCUGGGAGAACAAACGGAAAGAACAGGAAACAGAAAAGGAGUCGUUGAUUGAGUCUAACAGAGUUUUACAAGAAGAGCUAGAUUUAAAAAUGAGAGACAUUGAAAGCCUCACAGAGGAGAAUAAUAACAUCCAGCAACAACUGUCAGACCUUAAUGAGGAGAUUGAAAAGCAGAAGACUACUUUCUCUUUUGCCGAAAAGAAUUUUGACGUCAACUAUCAAGAGCUGAAGGAGGAAUACACAUGUCUGGUUGAGGCAAAGACACAUCUAGAAGAGAGGAUGCUUAAGGAGACACUUGAGUUUGAGGCGAAAAUUGCCAGCCUCCAGUCACAGAUUCAGGAGCUGGAGAGAGACACCAAGAUGGAGAGCACACAUACAGAAAGUAAAGGUGUGAUAGAAAAAGAUACUACUGAGCUAAUGGAGAAGCUUAAUAUUACUUUGAGCGAGAAGGAAAGCUUGGCUGGAAGACUUUCUGAAGUUACAGAGCAACUGGUUUUGACAGAGAGUAAAGUGGGUCAUUUGGAAGAAGAACUGAUCAAAGUGCAACAAGAAAACGCAAAUGUCAUUGCACAAAAUCAAAGUCUUGGGAAGAAAUUGGAAGAGAAGCAAAAGAUUAUGAAAGAGCAGAUGAGAGGGCAGGAAGCCCAGAGAGAAGCUAAGCCCCAGCACGGAGAGCAGAUGUUUACUUCAGUUUAUGGUUCUGAGGAUCAUCACAUUCAGAUUCAGUCUCUACAAGAAGAAAUAGAAGCUCUUCAGUCUCUCCUAAAGGCAGCUGAAGCAGAGAGAGACAGCAUCAAGGCAACCCUGGAGCUUCAGAGGCUUUCACAGACCGCAUCCCCAGCAGCAGUCCAGUCCUCGGGGGAGGGACCUGUUGAGGGACGAUCCUCCCCCCAGAAGUCCUCAGGGUCAAGCAGGCGCAAGAGACGGCAGAGGUCGAAGCAGGAGCGUAAGCUGGGCACUGCUCUCUCAGACAGCAGAGAAGAAAGACAAAGGGAGGAGGACGAGGAGGCAGCAGUGGAGGAAGAGAGAGCUACAAGUGCUGCAGAGCUGGAGGUGCAGUCUCCAGUUAUGUCAUAUUCACAAGAGAGGGCCGGUAAGGAGGACUCCACAGAUGCUUACCGGGGAGACGGAGACUACAUCAGCAAACAGGUGAGCAGGCAUGGGAUGGGCCGUCGUUCGCAGCCUGUUGUGCGUCAGGAAACAGAAGAAGAGGAACAGACAACUGAGCAUGGUGAGUGCAUGCUGCAGAUGGAGGCCCAGCGUAUCAGCCUGUCUCAGAUCCACGCUGCCCAGCUUGAGCUGCUGCAGGAGGAGACAGACACCUGCAGACAAUCUUCCACAGAUGAACCAAAAAUCUACAAAUACCAGGACGUGUUACAGGCUGUGUCAGAAGAGUGCAGAGAAAUUAUUUUGUCUUUUCAGAAAAUGUUUGGGGAAGAGUUUUUAGAGAGUGUCGGUGCAGAGGUUCAGCUGCCAUCUUCAGCUGAAAGACCGGAAACUAGUGAAUCCAUUGUAAUGGAAGCCAGAGAGCUCUACAGAGAUCUUCAGCAGGUGAGGGGAACGAUUGAACAAGAGCACCAUCGACUGUCGCAGCUCCAAGCUUUGCUCAGGGCUGAUGGAGACAAGAUGAUGGAAUUGAAAAAGGAAUAUGACAACCUGAAAAGCAGCAGUGAGAGGCAGAUCUCUGACCUGCAGGCACAGGUUUCCACCUUCAGCCCCGUUUCUAGUGAAGAUCUGGAGGAACGAGCCAGAGCACCAUCUACCUCCCUUUCUGAGCAAUUACAGAAGAUGAAAGCUGAAGCCCAAGAGAAGCAGCUGCAGCUGGAGGAGAGUCACAGACAGGAGAUGGAACAUCUCAGAGCCCACUACCAGCAGCAGGCGACAGAGACGGAGGAGCGUUACGCCACAGAGCUCUUCAUCCUGCAGCAGCGACUAGAGGAGGUCACAGGCAGCCAGACCCACUUCAGCCUGUCCAGUGAAUCCAGCUCUGAGAGGACGCAGGAACGACCAGAGGAGCUGAAGGACCUUGGUGAGGAGGAGUUUUCAGAGGGAGGUGUGGAGUUGGGCUGGUCUGCAAGGUCUGCCGGCCUGACAGCACAGCUGCAGGCACUGAGGAAAGCACUGUACCACAAGUAUGUCCAAGAAGUAGCGGCUCUCAAACAGCAGCACAGUAGCGAGCUGAAGAGACUGACGGAGGAAAAGGAGCAGGAGAAGAAAAGAGACGAGCGUCACAAAGACAGAGGAGGAAAAGAGCAGGAUCUCAGCUCCACGGACAGCGCUGGGACAGCCGGGCAGGUCGACCUGGAACGAGUGGAGGAGGAAGUGGCAAAGGCCAUAGUUCAGAUGUCAGUGGAGUUUGCACAGAAGACUGAACUGGCUCGAAUCAACAAGCGCUCCUUCCAGACAAACACCUCCAUGCAGACCCAGUGGGACGACGAAGAGCUGGAGGAGAGCAGAAACGAUGAGGAGACUCCCCGAGCGUCACCCACUGCCGGUGGCUGGCUGGAAGAAGUAGAGAGGGAGAGACUGGAACGAGAGCUGGAGGAGAGGAAUGCCGAGAUCCACAAGUUAAAGCAGGAGCUGCAGAAAACUGAAGCAAAACCGGAGCAGGCCUUAAAGAAGGGAGAAGAUAGUCGACAAGAAGUUGAGGAAGAGCCAGAGACACCAGGAAUAAAACCAGCUGGUGGGCGAAGAUUGUCAUCACAGGAUGAGGGAGAGUCGUCUGAUAAAGAUGCAGAAAGCCUCUUGCGUAAAGCCAACGAGAAGCUGAGUCAGGUGCUGGUUGACGUCCUGAAGACCACGGCAGCAGCAGAAGAAACCAUGGGCCUCCACAUGCAAAGUCUGCGCGAUGCUUCAGCUGCAGGACAGCAGACUGCACCUCCUCAUACCACCAUGCAGAGAGUCAGAGCUGCUGCAGGUCACUCUGCAGAAAGCUGCCCAGCCAGUGAAACCGGUGCAGACGAUUUGAGUAUGUGGUCUGCGGAGACGGAGGCUGAUGAGGGUCUGGAGAUGUCCCAGCAGAUGAUGGAUAGCCUGCUGCAGGGGGCAGGGACGCAGCUUGAGAACGAGGAAUAUCUAAUGGGCAUCAGUCGACGACUCCAGACGGCUUUGGAGAAGAUGCUGAUGGCCAUCUCAGACUCCACCAACCAGCUUGAACAUGCCCGGCUGACGCAGACUGAGCUGAUGCGGGAAUCCUUCCGUCACAACCAGGAGAUGAACGAGCUGCUGCAGAAGCAGGAGGAGCUGCAGGAGCGUCUGUCGGAGGAGGCCCGGGCACGGGAACAGCUGGCUCUGGAGCUUCACCGGGCUGAGGGUUUGAUUGAUGGUUACACAGGUGAACGAGCUGCACUGGAGGAUCAACUGCGUCACAAGGAAGAGCUUCAGCUGAGCCUCGAGCAGGAGCUGCAGGUUACAAGUAGCCGGCUGAGCGAGUUGGAGCAGGAGCGCCUUCAGAUGCAGGAGGAGCGAGAGCUGUUGUCACGGCAACAGGACGCCAUGAGGGAGCACGCCGGGCCUCGAGAGCUCCGCCUAGUUGAAGCUGCAAUGGUUGCAGCACCUGAAGCAGACCUGCUGGAGGAGACAGAGAAGCUGAUGAAGGAGAAGGUGGAGGUGCAGCGUCAGGCAGAGAAGGAGAAUGCCGACCUCCUGAAGCAGGUGAAGCUGCUGGAGGCUGAGCUGGAGGAGCAGGUCAACAGGGUGAUCGAACUGGAGCACGCUCAGAGGACGGAGAGUGGAGACCUUCAGCAGCAGAUCCAAGCCUUAGAGAAACAGCUGGAGAAGAACAGGAGGUUCCUCGACGAACAAGCUGUGGAUCGCGAGCAUGAGAGGGAUUUCUUCCAGCAGGAAAUCCAGAAACUGGAGCAACAGCUGAAGAAUCCGCAGAAGCUUCAGACCGGCUCUGAGCAAAGAAACCAAGAGGUGGACCAGCUGACCUCUCAGCUGAAGGAGAAGGCGGAUUGGUGCAGUGAGCUGCUGCUCAGCUCAGAGCAGCUGCGUCGUGAGUUGGGAGAGCGCGACGAAGAGAUUGACAAACUGGAGAGCCGCAUCCGCGAGCUGGAGCAGGCCCUGCUGGCCAGCGCUGAGUCCCUGGAGAAGGUUGAACAAAAGAAGCAGCAUGCGUCCAUCACAGAGGCUCGACACUCCACACUGGAAGCUCAGUUACAAACAGAGAGAGAGGCUCUGGAACGGAAGGAGAAGGAGAUCUGUAACCUGGAGGAGCAGCUGGAGCAGUUCAGAGAGGAGCUGGAGAACAAGAGUGAGGAGGUGCAGCAGCUUCACAUGCAGCUGGAGAUCCAGAGGAAGGAGAUCAGCAGCCAGCAGCAAUACCUAGAGAACAGAGACAGUAUACUUCAGGUGAUGGAGGCGAAGGACAGGGAAAUAGCAGUUCUUAAUGAACAGAUCACUAAACUCCAACACAUGGAAACUGCCUCUGAUAACAAGGAAAUGGGUGACAGAGAUGAGGUGAUAAAAGACCUUGAGUGCCAGGUGGAGUGUCUGCGGAGUGAACAAGACCGCCUGAAGAGGAACAAUGAGGAGGAGCUCGACCAGCUAAAUGCAGUCAUAGAGAAACUUCAGCAGGAACUGGCAAAUAUUGAGCAAAAGCAACCUGAAGAAGACUAUGAGGACGAUAAGGGUGAGUUUGAGAGUCCCAGUAAAGAGGAAUAUGACGAAAUGAAGCAGAAAAUGGACCUGGCCACCAAAGAGCUGGAUACUCUCAAAGCAGAACACAGUAAACUGUUGGAGACAUAUCUGCGUUUGAAGGAGAACGCAGAAGCUUUAGCUGAGACAGAAAAGUUGGAAAACUCUGAGGGUGAAGUUGAAGACACCCUGAGGGAGAAAACGGCUGCUCUCGUAGUCAUGCAGGCCCAGGUACAAGCGCUGGAGCAGAGCGCCACCUCCAGAGUGGAAGAGUUGGAUCUCCGCAUCCAGGAGCUUGAGGACUUAGUCAAUGAAAAAGACAGUGAGUUAAACCACUGUCGCCUCCUCGCGGAGCAAACACAACGCUAUGCAGAUGAUCUCCAACAGCGGGUCUGUAAUCUGGAGGAAAACCUGAGAGAGAAAGUGGCAGCAGCGAUUGUUAGCCAAGCCACUCUGGAGGCCUUCCAGCAGCAGCAGCAGCAGCAAACACAGCAACCCAAACAUGAAGGUUCUGCCUAUAACUUCGGAGACUUUGGCAUUCCCCAGCUGGAUCUUAGCGGACUGGGUCAAGUGAGACCAGGCCCCACAGGGAAGGUGGUCCAUCUGACCCAGAAGCUUCGUGAGCUGGAGGUGGGUCUCAGUGGGAUGCAGAAAGACCAGGAGCUCCAGAAGCAGCUGCUCUCCAGCUCUGAGGAGGAGGUAUUGGAGUAUGAGAAGAGGCUGGCAGUGCUCAUGGAUCUGCUCAACCAGAUGAAGACCAGGACACAUCAGAGAACAGUACCAUCUGUGGAGGGUUCUUUAUUUGUUGACCAGCCGGCAGCUGUUGAGCUUCUCCAGGAGCUUCAGGAGGUCAGAGAUGAGGCUUCAGCCACCAAAGAGCAGCUCAGCGACUACAAGGAGAGCUGCAGCCGACUUCAGGAGGAGCUCACAGAAAAAACAGUAGCCGUUGAGAGACUUCAGGAGCAACUUCAAAAGGUGUCAUCCAGUGGCAGUGAAGGAGCCAAGGUGUCUGAACUUCAGCAGGAACUGUUCGAGGCUCAAAACGAGGCAGCUGCCACCAAAGAAGAGCUGAAUAGCUGCAGAGAGAGUCUGGAGAAGCUACAAGAGCUGCUGCAGGAGCGGGAAAUGACCAUAGCUCAACUUAAAAGUGAACUUUUCCAAGUUAAAGCUGAGGAGGACAGAGACAGCAUUACUGAGAUCCUUCAGGAGCUCCAGGAGGUGAAAAACGAUGCGACUAUCACCAAAGAAGAACUUGACAGCUACAGACAACGCAAUGAGAAACUAGAGGAAGACCUUCACCUUCGUGAGGUUUCCAUUUCUAAACUCAAAGAGGAGCUCCAGGAGGUCAGAAAGAAUGUGGAAACCACCAAAGAAGAAGUCAGCAACUACAGGCAACAAAAUGAGAAGCUGUUGGAUGAACUCGGCGUCCGUGAACUCUCCAUUUCUAAUCUCAAACAGGAACUGCAAGAAGUACGAACAGCUUUGACCAAGACAGCGGACUCAGCUCCUCCAUCUCCAGCACCAUCUCCAGCUCCCUCUCCUCAUCCUCCGUCGUCAUCUUCCUCCUCCAUCACCCAGCCCAAAAGGAAAGGAGGCAAACAGCCAGUGAGUAAGGGCAGCAGUGCCAAAGAUAAACCAUCUCUCUCCAGGAAAAACUCCUCUUCCAGCCACUCGUCCAACAAAUCUCACAGCCCUCGAACGAACGGCAGCGCUGAAAACCAACACGCACCUGUGACGGACUCAUUCACACAGACCGAAGCUCUACAAAUGUCUGAGCUCGGCCUGGUCAGCAAGUCCACCACCAAAGAGGAGGUGGAGGAGGUGAUUGGCGAGUUCCAGGAUAAGAUUGUACAGAUGCAGGAGCUCCAUGCGGCGGAGAUCCUGGACAUGGAGGCACGUCACAUUUCAGAGAGCGAGAAUCUUCGCAGAGACACGCAAGCUCUGGAGGAGGAAUGCAAGGCUCUGAAGACCAUCAUCGACAAGCUGCGCUCCAAUGAGGUCCCUUCAACAAGACAAGAACGUCCUGCGUCACAGUUUAAAGACGGAUACACCAGUGACAGCAGUUCGGACUACAGUCAGCGGACUGGGUACGACCUCCCGAGUCUCCAGCAGGAGUUCAGGACGACUCCAGAAGGAGCCAGAAGAGAGACCGAUGAUCCACUACCUGACCGGAUCAAGACCUUGCUCCGUGAGGUGCACCAGGAGGGAAUGCAGGUCCUCUCUCUGUCGGAACUUCCUCUUUCUGAAGGCGAACCUGGAGGCCAAUUUAACAUCCAAGGCUGGAUGAAGGAAAGAGAUGCACUGCUUGCAACUGUGGAGUCUCUGAAAGGUCUGAUCACCCAGAUGCAGACUCACAGAGAAUCACAGACAUCAGGCAGUGUGGACUGGCGUGGAGAGCUCCUGGAUGCAGUGCAGCGGGUGUUUUUGAGUGAGCGAAGUGUGUUAAAGAACACUUUAUACAGCCAGCUGGACCUGUUGGACACCAGUGACGCCAUCAUCCACCUCAACCAGCUGGAGCGCAGACUGGCUGAACAGGAUGCUCAACACAGGGAGGCGCUGGGGGUUCUCCACACAGCAGACAGGUCCAGUCUCAUCUCUGAAAUCCAUCAGCUCCGAGGUCAAAUCGAGAAGCUCCAUCAAGGUGUAGGUGGUGAUCCUGGCGUCUCGCUGGGUGGUGAACGUGGUGUCAGAGAACUGAGGGAAGGAGGAGGGGCUGAUGGAGGAGUGGAGGCCAACAGGCUGCUGGUGGAGGAGCUAAAGGGUGAACUGUCCCAGACUAAACUGGAGCUGGAGACCACACUGAAGGCUCAGCACAAACACCUUAAAGAGCUGGAUGCACUCAGGGCAGAGGUAUCGCAGAAAGCUGCUGAGGUGGAUGCACUGAACGACCACCUGACAGAGGAAAGGAAGAAGAGUCGAGAUCUCCAGUGGGCGGUGGAGAAGGAGAGGUGUCGAACCGGGAGAAACGAGGAGAGCAAACGAGAAGAACUGGAGGACCUGCAGCUCUCUCUGGAGGAGCAGAAGAACCGUGUUUCACAGCUGACCUCGACCUUAGAGCAGGAACGUCAGGCCUCCUCCCAGGUGUCCCAGCAGGCUGAGCAGGAGCGCCUGAGUCUCCACCGACGCCUCCAGGAGCUCCAGGUCCAGCUGGAGACGGAGCGAGCCAAGGCCCAGGAGAUGAGCACUGCCCUGGGGAGGGAGAGAACUCUACGGAGGGGCACCUCCUCAGACAGUGGCCCCUCUAAUGAGGAGAGAGCAGAGGAGGACAAGAGUGGGCAGGGGGAUGACGGAAACCUGUUGGAAAGACUGCAGAGGGAGCUUGACGACAAACACGCACAGGUGGUGCAGCUCCUCAGUCAGGUGGAGGCCCAGAGACUUGAGGCGGUCAGAAAAGAGGAGGAGCUGACUUUGGUGAGUCAGAGGUCGAGGCGGGACCAGGAGGCUCUGCUGGAGGCCCGGGCCCAGCUGGAGAGCCUGGAGGCACGAACAUCAGAGGUCCAGGAGCAGCUGGAGAGAGAGGUGGAGAGGAAUAAACACCUAGAAGAGGAGAAGGACAGACUGGAGGAGAGACUGGGCCAACAUGGAGAACAGCGAGGAGAGAGGGAGGGGAGUGGAGGUCUGCAGGCCGACGCCCACAGUGCGCAGUGGCAGAGCGAGACCGCCGACCGUACCAAAGACUGGGUUUUCCAGCAGAAGAGUGGAAACGUUCCUUCAGCCACUUCCAGCACGUUCCCAAACCUGGAGGUCACUGCAGCAGGCGGCAGUUUACACCACGGGCCUUGGCGCACAGUCGAUAAGAUCCUCAGCAAACUCCACCUCAUUUCCUCCAAGGUGCAGAACAUGGCGAGCAAGACGACCGGAAGGUCGACAUCAGAGAUCGACACUGAAGAGUUAUCAUGGGUCCAGUCCAACAUUGAUGAGGUCAUCACUAUGCUGCAGCAGCACCCUGGUCUACCCACCGUCCCUGAGAGUCCGUCUCUGCUGGCAGGAGGCUCGUCCAGCUCGUCCAAUUCACUGACGGAGCGGCUGUUGAGGCAGAACGCAGAGCUGACAGGUUUUGUCAGCCGUCUGACCGAGGAGAAGAACGAUCUGAGGAACCAUACGCUCCGAUUAGAAGAUGAGCUCAGACGCUAUCGACAGGCUGGACUGGGAUCAGGCAGUUCGACCAGCAGACGAGGCACAGGGAAGGUUGACAACGCAAGUCUGCUGCUUUCUCAGGAGCGGGAAGCCUGGACUCGAGAAAGGAUGCGUCUGGAAAAAGCCCUGAAUCUGGCCCAGACCCAGGUGGCCCAGCUCAGGGCAGAGGUCAGGACCGAAACCCUGCGGGAAAUAAGUGGACCUGAGGCUGACAACGCUGCUCUCAAGAGGAUGUACGGGAAGUACCUGAGGUCUGAAAGUUUCCGCAAAGCACUGAUCUACCAGAAGAAAUAUCUGCUGUUACUGCUGGGCGGCUUCCAGGAGUGUGAGGAGGCAACGCUGACGCUCCUGUCCAGGAUGGGGAGUCGACCGUCCCUCUCCAGCCUGGAGUCGCUCAGCCAACGUCGACGGGGGCUGAUGCGCUUCCGAUCUGCCGUCCGCGUCUCCAUUGCCCUAUCCAGGAUGCGAUUCCUUGUUAAGAGAUGGCACAAGGCGACAGGGAUGAGCUCCACAACAACUGUGACUAAGAACGGUGGAGGACAGACGAUAGGUACAGAGGCGAGAGACUCACCUUAUCUUCAUCCAGGCAGCGUUGAAAUGUACAGAGACAGAGGAAGUGGAGGAGGGGGGGUGUCCAGUAGCAGAGGCCGAAGUGGACGUGAAUCCCCCAGAUCCGCCAUGUCCUCCACACCCCACAGGUUCCAUGUGUCUGGAGACCAUGGAGCUCUGACCUGUUCACAUCUACAGAGUUACGACCCCGACCGAGCGCUCACAGACUACAUCUCCAGACUGGAAGCCUUGCAGAGGAGGCUGGGGAGUGUGACAUCAGGUGCUUCUUCAUAUGCUCAAUUGCACUUUGGCUUGAGACGAUAGAUGCUGAGAAGUUACUGGCUUGAAGAAAACUCAGUUGCCUUUUCUUGUGCUGAGCGCUCUGCUGUUUUCUAUCAUUCUGCUGUGGACUGUAUCUUUCCAUGUGGACCAAAACACAUUUUUUUAUUAGUGUACGACAUCUUGUAUCCAGGCUUUUUUGUCGCCAGCACUUGAAAAACAGCUAUGUUUGUAAUUUAAUCUGCCUCUUUGUUGUGGAUGAUCUACAAUCAUGUAUAUUUGUCGACUGCUAAUUUAAAACUUGUGAUUAAUUUAUAUGUUUGUGUUGUAUGGGUGGAGCGUCAUGUAGAGAAUGUUUGGGUUUCUCAUCGAGGAGGCUGCUACUGGAUAUUCUACACUACACUGUGUUUUGUUUAGGCUGGACAGACUACAGAGGACAUUUGUAGAGAACGUAUUUUUGUAAAGCGUAGGAGCUUUGAAUUUUCUGGGUAUUUUGUCAAAAACUGAAAUAAAGAGGAUUACACUAUUUAAAACA